GGGGCGCUGGGGCCGGAAACGAAGGAGGUGAAGAUGGACCCUCUGCUCUACCUGCUUUCGUUUCCCUGACAGCGUUCUCCCGGGGAGAUCUCGGCUGAAGAAUUUAACUUUAUUCUCCAGGGAUCCAUCCAGAGGUGUCGGUGCCGGAUAGUAACGUGACCCGAGCUGCGUUUGGAGACUUCUGGAGGUGCUGUAUUUAUGGAAUCAUAAAGAUCAUCCCUGCAUCCACCUGAUUGUCUCCAGUAUUGAUUACUGGUGGACGUGGAGCGAUGGCGCCCCCCGAGGAAGGGAGCGAUGUCCUGGUGCUGCCAGACCCGCCCCGGGGACCCCUGCACGCGGCCCGUGCCCGCGCCUCCUUCUGCUGGAAGGAGCUGGCGCUGUUCUUGGAGGGCGAGGAUGUGCUGCGCUUUAAGAACGCUGUCUUCUCGGCUCUGGAGAGCGACCCCCUCUUCGCGCAUCCCCGUGGAAGUGAUCUCUCAGUGGAGAAGUACCAGGAGCUGAACUUCCUGCGCUGCAAGCGGAUCUUCGAAUAUGACUUCCUCCCCAUGGAGGACGUGCUGGGAAGCCCCUGGAGGAUCCGGGUGCUGGUUGAGUGCCUCGGCAUGUACGACUGGUCCCUGGCCACCAAAUUCUUCCUGCACCUCCUGACUUUUGGAUCCACGAUUUACAGCUCUGGUUCUGAAAGGCAUUUCAAAUAUAUCCCAAAGAUCUUCAGUUUGGAGAUUUUCGGCUGUUUUGCUCUGACCGAAUUGAGUCACGGGAGUAACACCAAGGCCAUCCGGACGACUGCUCACUACGACCCUACUACUGAGGAGUUCAUCCUACACUCCCCUGAUUUCGAAGCUGCCAAGUUCUGGGUCGGCAACAUGGGCAAGACCGCUACGCACACUGUGCUCUUCGCUCAGCUGUACACACCGGGGGGCCAGUGCCACGGGCUGCACCCCUUUGUCGUGCAGAUUCGAGACCCAAAGACCCUUCUUCCCAUGCCAGGGGUGAUGGUUGGCAACAUUGGGAAGAAGCUCGGGCAGAACGGUCUGGACAACGGGUUUGCCCUGUUCCACAAGGUGAGAAUUCCUCGCCAGGACCUGCUGAACCGCACGGGCGACGUCACCCCUGAGGGUGCCUACGUCUCCUCCUUUAAGGACGUCAGGCAGCGCUUCGGAGCAUCUCUGGGCAGCCUGUCCGCAGGCCGGGUCUCCAUUGUGGGUAUGGCCGUCACCAACUUAAAGCUGGCCAUGUCCAUAGCACUGCGGUUCUCAGCCACCAGGCGCCAGUUUGGACCGACAGGCGAGGAGGAGGUACCGGUGCUGGAGUAUCAGAUGCAGCAAUGGCGCUUACUCCCGUACCUGGCGGCCACCUACGCCUUGGACCACUUUUCCAAGUCGCUCUUCCUGGACAUGGAGAAGCUUCAGCACGGCCUCCUGGGGAACGACCAGAGUGCCACGCAGGCAGAGCUCGGACGUGAGAUCCAUGCCUUGGCAUCGGCUGGCAAGUCCCUGGCCUCGUGGACUGCCCAGCGGGGAAUUCAGGAAUGCCGGGAGGCGUGUGGCGGACACGGCUAUCUGGCCGUGAACCGUCUGGGCGAGCUCAGGAACGACAACGACCCCAACUGCACAUACGAGGGAGACAACAACGUGCUGCUGCAGCAGACCAGCAACUACCUGCUCAGCCUGCUAGAGCGCCGCGGCCCAGGUGGCCCUCGCGUUGAGAGCCCUCUGAAGACUGUGGACUUUCUGGAAUCCUAUCCCGACAUCCUUGGCCGGAGGUUCACAGGCCCCAGCCCUGAGGACUGCUGGGACUCCUCAGCCGCCCUGGCAGCGUACGAGUGGCUGGUUUGCUAUCUGCUCCAGGAGAGUUACCAGAAGUUAAAUCGAGAGAAGCAGUCUGGGAGCAGCGACUUUGAAGCAAGAAACAACUGUCAGGUGUACCACUGCCGCUCCUUGGCCCUGGCCUUCCUGGAGUUCACGGUGGCGCGGAGGUUCCACGAGCACACGCACCAGCCCCACGUGCCGCCUCCGCUGCGGGCCGUGCUCUGGCGGAUGAGCGCCCUCUACACCCUGUGGUCCCUGAGCCAGCACACAGCCCUGCUCUACCGAGGUGGCUACUUUUCUGGUGAGCAAGCAGGUAAAGUGAUAGAGAACACCAUCCUGGCCCUGUGCGCCCAGCUGAAAGAUGAUGCUGUUGCCCUGGUGGACGUGAUCGCCCCUCCGGACUUCAUCCUGGACUCCCCGAUUGGCAGAGCCGACGGCGAGCUCUAUAAAAACCUCUGGACCGCAGUCCUUCAGGGAAGCAGGGUGCUGGAGAGAGCGUCGUGGUGGCCGGAAUUCUCUGCCAACAAGCCCGUCGUAGGAAGUUUGAAAUCAAAGCUGUAGUCACACUGGCCAGGUUCCGACGAAGCUAAUAAGGCCACGGACCUCAUGUUCGAGUUCUGAAGGUCCCGGAGGCGGCUGUCCCCUCUGAACCCGCACCGUGGCGCUCACCCCUGUUGAGCCCACGGCGGGACGGCCAGUCCGAAGCUGGGCACCCCCAGAGUCACACCAGGACUGACUGGGGGGAUCCGUCCUAAUCUGCUGCUCAGUCAUGUCUUUCUGAUGGACUCUGCACUUUCUGAUGAUGAGAGCUUUGCGCGUUCUGUUUUCACACGCUGAAUGUAAAGGCGGUGGCAGGUAACGGGAGUUGCUGGCCAGGUGGUGUUUUGCGUUCCUCUGAGAUUUUUUCACAAGGCUCUGCUUCACUGGGCCCUAAAGGGUGCCACACUGAUUCUUUGUUCACUCUGGUUUGACUUUCUCGUGUAAUUCAAUGGUGUCGGAACCUGUAACCUCGCUAGUUUGCACCACAGACCAUCCAAAUGACAUAAUUGAAGAUUUUUAAGGAAAAGGAAA